CCGGGUCGUCCGCACCUGCGCCUCUCGCCCGCCCCGAUGGCGCCGCGGACGCUGGGCCCCUUGGUGCUGGCGCUGGGAGGCGCCGCGGCCGUGCUGGGCUCCGUGCUCUUCAUCCUCUGGAAAGCCUACUUCGGACCUGAGCGACGCUGGGGCCCGGACGAGGCGUGGUGGGGCGCGGAGUCCGCCAGCCUCCCGCAGUGGGACGAGUGGGAGGACGACGACGAAGAAGAUGAGGAGGAGGAGGAGGGAGAGCCUGCGCUGGAGGAGCUGGAGCAGCGCGAGGUGCUGGUGCUGGGGCUGGACGGCUGUGGGAAGAGCACGUUCCUGCGCAUGCUGGCGGGGAAGCCGCCCCUGGAAGGGCACGUCCCCACCUGGGGCUUCAACUCCGUGCGGCUGCCCACCAGGAACUUCGAGGUGGACCUGCUAGAGAUUGGUGGCAGCCAGAACCUGCGCUUCUACUGGAAGGAGUUUGUGAAUGAGGUGGAUGUGCUGGUGUUCAUGGUGGAUUCGGCCGAUCGGCAGAGGCUGCCUUGGGCCCGGCAGGAGCUGCACAAGCUGCUGGACAAGGACCCCGACCUGCCCGUUGUGGUGGUGGCCAACAAGCAGGACCUGGGUGAGGCCAUGAGCGUGGCCGAGCUUCAGCAGGAGCUGGGCCUGCAGGACGUGGGCUUCCAGCGGGAAGUGUUCCUCUUGGCAGCCAGCAUUGCCCCUGCAGGACCAGGCUUUGAAGAACCUGGCACCGUGCACAUCUGGAAACUGCUCUUGGAGCUCCUCUCCUAGGCCUGAGCUGCCUGCUUGCCACCCAGCUUCGGGGUCCACUGCUUCCUGACUCUUCCUCACCAACCUGGGCCUGGGACACAAGUUAGAGAGCUUUUCCCCUCUCCCCUCACUCCCUCUCAAGAGCAAGGCCAAGCUGGACACCAGUGGCUCACGCCUGUCAUCCUAGCUACUCAGGAGGCUGCAAUCUGAGGAUUGAG